GCUUACAACACACCACAAAGAACAUAGAAAAUUUAAUUCGGUCACCAAUCUCAAGAUAAGGUUUAAACCGACAAAGGAUACUUAUGGAGAGAUUUCAUUUAUAUUUAUUAUUGUUCUGGGUUAUCUCAUCAAGUUAUUUGUGUUUUCCAACAGCACUUGAAGGCAGCAUCAGAUCUGAAUGCUUGCAGCUGUAUAACACACUGUUGAUGACAACAAACAUUUUUACAGAAUAAAGAGAGAAGCAGAGUGAGAGCAAGUCCUGUGUGGCCAUGCUGUCCUUCCACCAUCAUAGACAUAAGGGGACACAGCCACCAUAAAUCCACAGAUAGACACAACCCAUUACACCUGGACUUCAAACACUUUUAUUGCUACCACACACAGUUUCAGCCUCCCACAUAUACUCACCUGGCUGCUGAGCCUGGAAUGAGUUACUGCAGAAAUGGGCGUGUGUCAACUUAUUACUGUGAAGAACAGAAAACGAAAGCUAAGACAAAGUUUUGCCUUGCGUGAUUGCUAACCAGGAUGAUGAAACACUAAUAAGGAAACAGCACAAAGAGAAGAAAAAUGGCUGCGCCAAGAGGGAACCUGCAGAGGGCCUUGUGCCAGUACACCAAAGAUACCCUCAGUUAUAUUUACACGCUAAAAGAAUUCAGAGAGAGGCUUCCUGAAUGGAUAGAUGCAAGGAAGGAAGAGAUGAAGACGGUGACAGAUAUCAAAAAGAGAGGUGAGAAGCAUGAAGAGCUGGAGAAGGAGUUUGCUACUGUGUUGAAGGUCACUCUGGGAGGCCUGGAGAAGCUCGACUGCUUCCUGGAUGCAGUGGAGAGGCUGGCGGUCACCUCACUGCAUGUGUUUAAUGAGGAAAACCAGGUGUUACAUCUGCCCCAAGACAUCAGCCCUGACAAUGUUCAGGUUGGUAUCAUUGCUGCUCGGCUGGUCUGCCCACUCAUCCUUGACUUUAAAAGAGAUGCGAAGGCCUUCUUCCUUCCCAAACUUCAGAAUGUGGAAGUGCUGGAAUAUCAGUUGGACAAAUACAUCCAGACCACCCAGAAGAUCUGUGACAAGUUAGAGGAAAGCUCUUUCAGUGAGUUUUGCCAGAGGAUGAAUAUGGAAACUGUGGUAGAUCUUGAUGUGGAUUUGUCUGAAGAUGACAUACAAAGGAUGCUUUGUCACAUCAAUCAGCUUAAUGAAAUCAGGAUGGACCAAGACUUCCGGAUGGUGUUCUUGUUCAAGGAGGAAUCAUGUCGUCGCUUCAUCAGUGACUUUGAUGAACGAAAGCCCAGAAUGCUGCAGUUUCUAAAUGACAUGGAGGAGACUUGUGUUCAGCUAGACAGGAUGAAUAAGGGGUCAAAGAUCUCCAGUGUGGCAGGAAGCUCGGUUGGGGCGGUUGGAGGUGUUCUUACCAUCAUUGGUUUGGCUUUAAUUCCUGUAACAGCUGGAGCAUCUCUCGCUCUGACAAUGACUGGGGUGGGGCUGGGAAUUACCAGCGGAGUCAACAGUGCUGUCACCACAGUCACAAAGAUUGGAGUCAACCGCAGAUAUCAAAAGAAAGCCAAUGAAGCCUUCCAGAGCUUCAUGGAGGAUGUGCAGAGUCUCCAGGAUUGUCUGGAGGAGGUGUCCAGACAAACAGUCACCAACAUGAAAGCAAGUAAGAAAGAUAUGGCUACGGGAGUAGGCAAGGUGCUUUUGACAGUUGGUGGUGUUGGAAAAGGUAUUAAGUCAGUUGCUGAUGAUGCCUCUGUUAUGAAGAUGUUGAAAAGUAAUAAGCAGAUAGCAGGUGCUGGCAAAGUGUCGGAUGUCCCAGAUGCUGGUCAGGCAGCAGUCAAAGGGUCCCUUGCUCUCACCAAGUCAGCCAGGGCUGGUCUCAUCGGGCUCAAUGCUCUUUUCAUUGGCAUGGACAUCUUCACCAUCUGUAAAGACAGCAUCAGUCUGGCCAAAGGCAGUGAGACCGAAGUCUCACAGCUCAUCAGAGCCAGAGCUGCACUUUGGAGAUCAGAGAUGGACUCGUGGAAGAAGAUCCGUGAUUCUUUGCGUCAGGGUCUGCGGACGUCAGAGAAAAAACAAGCUAUCCUGGAGAGACCGUUUUAUCCACAGAAGUAGAUAGAAACACAAUGAAAUUCCCAUCUGAUCAAGUGGGUGAAAAACAAAUGAAAAACAGUUUUGUGCAUGUAUGAGGAUUUAACCCUGCAUACAGCAGAAAAUCAAUGAACAUCCUCAUUUAAGUUAAUCUUUAGUGAAUAAGCUUCUUAUGACUGUUAACCAAUUACUGUUUUCAAUGAUUACAUAACCAGCAUGUCUUUUUGUUUCUUGUUUCAGUCUAUAUAUUGUACCUUUUGCAGAUUAUUUUAGUACAUAUAUAUAUCACAAGUAUAUGACAAAUACUUUAACUGAGAAUAAUUAAAUGUCAAUAUAAAAUGAUUAUGUUGGGUGUCAACCUCAGAGUUGCCAUUUGAAGCCAUUUACUGUAGUUCUUUACUUUCUAUAACAUUUACUGAUAAUCUGAAGAUAAUCAGAAUAUGUGCAGUAGAUUGUAUUACUAGGUGUUUACUGUGCUUUAAUCAUCAGACACUGAAGUCAAAUUAUAUCAGCAUCUGGUUUGUUUUUUUGCCUUUUGUUUUAAGUUUAAUGUGUGACAACGUUUCAUAAAUUGGAUCCAUUAUUACAGAGUCUGCUUGGACGCUGUAAUAACACUGUUUUACCUCUUUGAAAUGUUUUAUUGUUGUAAUGUUUUCAUUUUAUAAUAUAGUCUUGCUGUUUCAUGAUCUGUAACACCCAUCUCAACAUGUAUGUAGCUCUUGUAUGUAUUCCUGAUGAAUCCAAAUAAAUGUAAAUUCUGAACACAGACUUUAACAAUCAAUAAACAGAUUUCUUCAAGUA